UUCAGUUUCCACUAUCACUGGCUUUCACCCUUAUCAACCAACACUCAUAAGUUAGUCUCAACGUACUUAGUAGCUUUUGAGGCGCCUUGCUGAACGUAGCAGAUCCAUGAUGCUGCGAGCUUUGACUUGGUUUUCGCUGAUUGCAAUUACCAUUGGCAUUCAAUACGAAUGUUCCCCAUAUCCAGUAACAUCCAUGUGCAUAAUCGAAUACAUGUCCUACACUCCUGGCGAUCGUAUAACUUUUCCUGCUGGCUAUCAGCAUUAUCGAAUCAAACCGCCUCGUUCCUUCAAGAAAAUCACCUCCAACGUGACCACGUUCGAUCAAGAUCUCUACGAAGCCAUGCACUGGCCAUCAAGCGUUGAGAUGACGCACACUGCCAUGAACAAGUUGAUAUUGCCUCCCAAAUUGAUGCUGGGAAAUUUUGCCGAAAAUCGCAUUGCUACAGUGAAUGUGUCUAGUGGAGAGGACUAUCAGAUCACAUAUCUAGACUUGAAGUUCAACAGAUUGGAUAACAUCGAUUUUGUCAGCGAUCUCGUAAACCUGGAAAUGCUGCACCUGGAGCAUAAUUUUUUGAAAAACCUUCCAAGCUCGGUGUUUAUUCGGCUGACGAAACUCAAAUAUUUAUAUCUGACGUAUACCUACUUGAAAGCGAUUCCUUGGGAUGCUCUUCCAGGCAACCUAAUCCACUUUGAUUGUGGUUAUUGCAAUGUUGAGUCGGCCGACUUUUCUAAUGUUCAUUUGCAAUCGUUAAACUAUUUGAACCUUCAAAACAAUGCACUUACUACAAUUAACGUGACUGCUCUACUACGGGCUGCGCCAAACCUGAAGGAAGCUUAUUUGGACAAUACACUAAUGGGCAAAGUCAGAAUGGAGAAUAUUAUGGCCGAACUGGCGGCAAACAAUAUAAGUUCCGUUGACUUCAACCGCUGGUGGAGGAUGUGCGACGGGGAGAACGAAUAUGAGGACAAUUUUGGGAAUUGUGUCCGCGAGCAAGCGCAGAUUUCCAUCGGUCAGUCAGUAGCGCUCACGGCCAUGGUCAUCGUGAUAGCAGUACUCUUUUUGUACAUCAUUGUAAUAGUAUUCAGGCACAUGAACAAAUAAAAAAAAACUUCCAGUUUCAUACUAACCGGA